AUGGCUUAUUCAAACUUUGAAAUCGUCGCUGAUAAAGUGGAAAGUGAGCUGAAAGAGAUGUUCGAGUCGAAAGAAAAGUAUGGAUCAAAAAUCAUAAAUGGUUUGAAAGCUGUUUAUAAGAAAUGUAUGGACGUGGAUGAGUUGAACCGCAUCGGUGCUUCGCGAAUGAUUAAGCAAAUCAGGAGGUUUGGCGUUUGGCCGAUGUUGGACGGAGACAAUAAGUGGGAUGAAAAGAAAUUCGACCUGACAUCAUUACUCAUAUUUGUGUCACGGCGUAGAGUAAACAUGUUCGUCAACUUCAAGUUGACUCUAGACGAAAAGGAUGUGUCUCGCCGUCUUAUCGAGUUUGACCAAGGCGGCAUUACCCUGCCACGAAGAGUAUAUCUAAUGAAACACGUUUAUGCUGGGAAGAUCAACAUCCUCAAGAAGUUUCUUGUCGAUAAAGUCAUGCUUUUCCAAAAGGAUGGAAAUGUGCGUAGAAAUCGAACAAAAACCGAAGAGGAUAUAGACGAGAUCAUUGACUUCGAAGCCAAAAUAGCGGCAAUUCACGCUCCACCGGAGGCUCGCAAGGACCACGAGAAGUUUUAUCAUCUUCGCCGUUUGAGCAAAAUGCGAAAAUAUAUGCCUAUGAUUGACUGGGACCGUUUCUUUCGUAAAGUCGCUCCAGCGGCUGCCCAUCACUAUUUUGAAUCAGAUCCACAAGUUCUUGUUCGAGAAAUUGCUUAUUUGAACAGCCGCUCCGCCCGUAGUCCGCAGCGUUUGAGCAGUCCGAUAAGCAAACUUUUGAAUGAAACGGACCCUCGCAUUAUCACAAAUUACGUUUUUAUUCGAUAUUCCUCAGCUCUAACAAAGGAGAUGGGAGAAAGAUAUGAUGACGUUGCUCAGGAGUACCUUCGGGAUAUGUAUGGUAGACAACAAAAGGCUCCACGAUGGAAGGAUUGUACCAGAAGCACUAUGGACCUGAUGAAAUAUGCUACCAGUGCUAUGUAUGUAAGAAAAGCAUUUGACAAGGAAGCAAAGGAUGUCGCAUUAAAUUUGACUUAUGACCUGCAAAUAGCAUUUCGCAAGACGCUGAAGACAACCGAUUGGUUGCAUGGCCCAACCAAAAAUAGAGCUUUGCACAAAGCGAAGAGAAUGCUUCGCAAAAUAGCAUAUCCCGACUUUGUUCUGGAUGACAAGAAGCUGGACAAGCACUAUGAAGGUCUGAAUGUGGAUGAGAAUGAUUCGUACGGUAAAAUGCUGGAAAAGAUAGAUAAAUGGGACAUCGCAUACCUCUCUGAAAGGCUAGCGAAACCUGUAGAUCGCUCUGAGUAUGAUUUCAACGCAGCCGAAGUGAAUGCCUACUACGACGACAUAACUAACUCUAUAAAAAUCACUGCUGCCAUUCUUCAAGCUCCAUUCUUCCACCACACCUUCCCAAAAGCAUUGAACUAUGGGGGUAUCGGAGCUGUAAUGGCGCAUGAAAUUACGCACGGAUUUGAUGUUGAAGGAAGCCAGCAUGACGCUUAUGGUAACCUGCAUGAUUGGUGGGAUAAAAGCGUGAAAAAGAACUUCAGAAAACGCGCUCAAUGCUUUGUCGAUCAAUAUGAGAACAUCGAAGUACCGGGAACUAAUCUCAGCAUCAACGGUGAAGUCACUCAAGUAGAAAACAUAGCAGACAAUGGCGGAGUUAAACAAGCUUACAAGGCGUACAAAGCUUAUCUGCAAAGAAAUGGUGGAGAAGAACCAAGGAUUAAAGGUCUAGAGAAAUAUAACAACGAUCAAAUGUUCUUCUUAGGAUAUGCUGGGAUAUGGUGUGAACAUACUACGACACAGGCAUUGGUCAACCAACUGCUUGGUGAUGACCAUUCUCCGGCACGUUAUCGGGUCAAUCAAGUACUGGCUAAUCAACCUGAAUUCGCUGCUGCUUUCAAAUGUAAAAAAGGCACCCCGAUGAACCCCAAGUCCUCCGAACGCUGUGCGAUCUGGUAGAGUGAAGCAGCAGCCAGAUCAACAUUCCGAAA